CUCUAUUUCACCCUUUUUCAUCUUCUUCUUUUAGAGACAAAUCAAAACUCUCUCUUUAUACAUAAACUCUGUGGAUUCCGAUCGAUGAUGAUGAUCCAAGUAGAAGCCGACGACGAUGAUCCAAGUAGAAGCCGAUGAUGAUGAUCUCUGUAACAUCCGUAAGAUUUAAGACUGAUCGGAGCCGAAAAGCAUAUCAUCGUUUCAUUGAUUGAAUGAUAAUCUCCAUCAAUCCACCGUCGUCUACAGUAAAAAACAAGAUCGAUUUCAGUUCACCGGAUAAUGAUCUAGCCACCGAGAUGCUUUCACCGGAGACAACGAGGAAAUAA